AUGGCAAGAGUAAGAGGAUUUGGAAUCACCACUGUCGGAAUAGUAGCCGUAGCCAGUGUAUACAUGGGCAUAAACUUCUUCCAGCCGAUUGUAGUAGAGCAACUGCGUAAGGAUGGUAAUCUACGAAACGAUAUAGAUCUUCCCAAGUUCGAUAAAGACGGUAACGUGAUUGUGGAUGAGAAGGAUCGUGUCCUCUUCCCUGGAAACCAAUUCCAGUCUCAACCAGUAACCCCGGCUACAGAAGAAACAAACCACUAA